AUGACAAUGGAGUCAAGUGAUGCAGUGGAGAAAGUGCGGAUGACAAAUUUUCUUAUUCCUUUAGAGGAGGAGGGGCGAUUGCACGGCGAAUUCUUAUCUUGCUUGCAAUGCAAGUUUGACGAGGCGUACUCUCUGGCGUUGGAGCAGUUGAAGCAUCAACACUGGAACGACUGCGGCGAACCCACGAGCGAUCAGCUUGCCUACAGCCGUGAACGGCAGGUCAUUUACCAGGAAGAGAUUCGGCAGCUGCGGCAGAAGUUGGAGGCGGAGUUUCAGGAGGAGCGGCGACAGCAGCGGCGCUGUGCGUACCAGCGGUGGGCGCAGGUAUUGUCAGCGUGGCAGAGGGAAAAAAAAACGGAAUACCAGCGGGCAUUGGCGUAUUACUACGACCACUACGAAGGCGAGCGUCUCGCGCCACGCAUCUUCUCCAAGUGUGACGACGCACUGCGGACAAACCUUGGCUUGGAAGAGGAAGCCGCGAUGCGCUCACCUGCUGCAGCGAUGGUAAAGGAUCAGGUGGUGUGCCUUCGUGAUGUGUUGCGUCGGCUUAAACGAGAGGUGAAGAAGGCCAGCGAGCACGCGCAGUGUUGUUUACUGCAGCGUGAUGUGUAUGUUUCUGCUGCGAGAGCUCGUGUUCAACAGCAGUACCUUGGUAUCGUUGCAGAGCAGCAGAAGGAGCUCAAGAUGCUCCAGCAUUGGUCCAUGGAGAUGCGGAGGUUAGAGCUGGACGCCGAAGAACGCAUUGCCACGUGGGAAGAGCGGUGUCGCCGGCGUUCGGAGCGCAUUCAGUGUGAGAAGGGAGAGCAACUGUCCUUCUGUACAUGUAGCGGUGGAGUUGACGUUGCCAGGAAGGCUGAAACUGCAGCGGACGUUGGGAGUCCCAUUCGCUUUCGAAAGGGUCUAUUUGAUUUUUUGCUAUGA